GGUAGAGAGUGGAACUAGCUUCCUCUUACUGUCCCAACACUCUUUUCCUUCUCCAGCCUGGUGAAGGUGCUUGUUGGGUAAGAAGAGGUCAGGAGUUUCCUAUUCCUCCCCAGAGAAGGUCCCAGUAGGGGCCCUGCCCCAAGCAUCCUAACUCAGGACUUCUGUUUCCUGCAAAGGAGAAAUAAGACAGGGAUCAGGUCUGGUCUGGGCUCUGGCACUCUGCCUCUCCACGUGCUCAUGGCCUCUCUCAGCUUGGUGCUAAGCCGUGUCAUGAGUCUGGACCAAGUGGAAGAUUAACUCUUGGGCAUGGGGGCACUUCGGGGCUGGGAAGGAGGAGGAAUGACAGGUACAAGGUCACCAACAGAGAGGAGCAGCUGUCAUACUUGAUAGAUCCCUCCUCCUGGGAGUCUAUGACAGGGGUGGUCAGGAUCCCCAGCUGGAAAAGAUAGCCAAGCAGGGGAUCUGGGCACGCCUGGUCUAUGCCAAGCCCUGGCUUCAGCCCACGGGCUUCAGCUUCCCUGACUCCGCCUCCCAGUCCACCCACCAAGGACUUUGGCCUUAGCUGUAGCUCGUGUGGGAGCCAGGGGAGGCUGGGAGCAAAAUCUCUCAAACGGAGCAAAAGAAGAAGCUUCCGCUGUUGUAGUACCUGCUAGCUUUCCCCAGAGGAGAUCACUUGGGCUCUGGCCAUGUGGCUGCCUCUACUGCUGGGAGUCUUACUCUGGGCAGCACUGUGGUUGCUCAGGGACCGGCAGAGCCUGCCCCCCAGUGAUGCCUUCGUCUUCAUCACUGGCUGUGACUCUGGCUUUGGGCGGCUUCUGGCACUGAGGCUGGACCAGAGAGGCUUCCGAGUCCUUGCCAGCUGCCUGACCCCCUCAGGGGCAGAGGACCUACAGCGGGUAGCCUCCUCCCGCCUCCACACCACCCUCCUAGAUGUCACUGAUCCCCAGAGUGUCCAGCGGGCAGCCAAAUGGGUGGAAACAUAUGUUGGGGAAACAGGGCUUUUUGGUCUGGUGAAUAAUGCUGGUGUGGCUGGUGUCAUUGGGCCCACACCGUGGCUGAGCCGGGAUGACUUCCAACGGGUGCUGAAUGUUAACACACUGGGUCCCAUCGGGGUCACCCUUGCCCUGCUACCUUUACUGCAGCAGGCCAGAGGUCGGGUGAUCAACAUCACCAGCGUCCUAGGUCGCCUGGCAGCCAGUGGUGGGGGCUACUGUGUCUCCAAGUUUGGCCUGGAGGCCUUCUCUGACAGCCUGAGGCGGGACAUGGCUCCUUUUGGAGUACAUGUCUCCAUCGUGGAGCCUGGCUUCUUCCGAACCCCCGUGACAAAUCUGGAGGGUUUGGAGAACACUCUGAAGACCUGCUGGGCACGGCUGCCUCCAGCCACACAGGCACACUAUGGGGAUGCCUUCCUUACCAAGUACCUGAAAGUGCAUCAGCAUGUCAUGAACCUGAUCUGUGACCCGGACCUGACCAAGGUGAGCAGGUGCCUGGAGCAUGCCCUGACUGCUCGUCACCCCAGAACCCGCUACAGCCCAGGCUGGGACGCCAAGCUGCUCUGGCUACCAGCCUCCUACCUGCCAGCCAGCCUGGUGGAUGCUGUGCUCACCUGGGUUCUUCCCAAGCCUGCCCAGGCAGUCUACUGAAUCCAGCCUUCCAGCAAGAGGUUGUUCUUCAAAUACAAGAACUUUUAUUUCUGUCCCCACGCUGGUACUACCUGGUGCCUGGCACAAAAUAGGUGCUCAAUAAAUUGUGUUUUUAAAAUAA